AUGGCUGACACUCCACCCAAUCUGUCCCCUGACAACAGCAGUCUCAUAACCCAUGCCGAGGCCAUGCUGUCCGCACUGAUGAAGGUAGAGAAAGCAGUCGACGAAGCUGGUUCAGGUAAAAAUAAGCCUUAUGAUUUCACGGAAUCGGUACUGGACGCAACCUCCAAGCUGGAAUUUAUCUUGAUAGUCGGAAAGAUUGUCAGCGUGAACGGUCGCCGACUUGAUCUGGCUGAAGUCGUGGCGGUUUCUAAGUACGUUGUUAGCUUUGAUGAAACCCCCAGGCCGCACUUUGAAGCUGACUCAUUAUCCUACCUUAGACAUGGGGUGACGCCGGUCGUUUGUGACAACGGUACCAUCCGCCCGAAAAUGCAGUCCAGUGUUGAAUUUCUCAGCAAGCAUCUCAAGGAGGGUAAUACGGUCUAUGGCGUCAACACCGGCUUCGGAGGCAGUGCAGACACCCGAACCGACAACUAUCGUGCGCUGCAAAAGGCACUGGUUCAGCACCAUAAUGCCGGCGUGCUUCUCCCUGCUGAGCAGGGGCUCGAAAGCACGCCCAUCCAGGACCGCCUGAAGAAACACUCCAUGCCCGCUUCAUAUGUCAAGGCAGCCAUGCUGAUCCGAUGCAACAGUCUAAUCAACGGGCACUCGGCAGUGCGACCAGUGGCCAUUCAUCACAUUCUCAAGAUGGCCGCUGCUGACUUCACGCCUGUGGUUCCGUUGAGAGGCUCCAUUUCAGCUUCCGGUGAUCUAACCCCUCUCGCAUAUAUUGCUGGGGCAAUUGAAGGCAAUCCCGACAUCUUUGUGGACUGCGGACCAAAUCACAACAACAUGAUCCUCCCUUCCGACGAAGCUCUCGCAAAGCUAAGCCUGAAGCCUAUUUCUUUCUUUCCAAAGGAGGGUCUCGGACUACUCAAUGGAACUGCUUUCAGCGCUGGAGCCGCUAGUCUCGUGCUUUUCGAAGCCAACCAGCUGGCCUUGUUCGCUCAAGUCGUAACCGCCAUGUGCACGGAGGCGUUGAUGGGAACGCGUCGUAACUUCCAUCCAUUCAUCAGCAACGCUCGUCCGCACCCCGGACAGAAGGAAGUGGCACGCAAUCUGUACGGCAUCCUCAGCGACUCCAAACUAGCCAGUGACUCGAUUCCCGAAGAAGUCGGCCUCGCUCAGGAUCGCUACGCAAUCCGCACCACUCCGCAGUGGAUAGGUCCCCAGAUCGAAUCCUUGGCUCUCGCAACACGCCAAGUGGAAUGUGAACUAAACUCAACCACCGACAAUCCUUUGUUGGAUACUGAGAAUGGCGAGGUGCAUCACGGAGGCAACUACCAAGCAGCUUCAAUAACUUCUGCAAUGGAGAAAGUCAUGACCUGUAUGCAAAUGAUCGGGAAGAUGAUCUUCGCCCAAUGCUCGGAACUGCUCAAUCCAAUGUUCAGCAAGGGCCUGCCCCCUAACCUCUGUGCCGACGAUCCCAACUUGUCUUUCGCUUUCAAGGGUAUCGAUAUCAACAUGGCAUCGUACAUGAGCGAACUGGCAUACCUGGCUCACCCCGUCAGCAAUUUCGUCCAAUCAGCAGAAAUGCACAAUCAGUCAAUCAACUCACUGGCUCUGCUCACGGCCCGCUAUGCAGGUGACACCGUUGAGAUCCUAUCGCUUAUGAUGGCAACACAUAUCUAUGUGCUCUGCCAGGCUCUCGACCUGCGCACACUCCAGCUCGAGUUCGAAGAAUCCGCAAAACCUUCUGUGGACGAAACAACGAGAGUCAUGUGCAUGGACUUGGUCCCCGAAAAACGUGCUGCUUAUAUCAAGGUCAAGAUCUGGAACGUCCUGAUGCAACACUGGGCAAAGAACUCCAACCUCGGACUCGCCAGUCGUGCGGCAACAUCAACAACCCACGCAGUCGGAACGCUCAUAAACCUGAUCACGGAUGAGUGUGACGAAUCCAAGAUCGGGGAGAUUCCGGGCAAGGUGCUGCUCUGGCAGAAAGAGGUCAAGUCCAAGUUGUGCGAUGAAUAUGAAAUGACGCGUGAAAAGUAUUUCCUCGACCCAUCGACACCCGACUAUCUCUGCACAUCCUGCAUCAAACUGUACAAUUAUGUACGCAAGACUCUCGAAGUUCCUAUGCACAAGGGAGUCGUCGAUCAUCCAACUUUCCUACCUCCUCAUACUAUCCCUAGCGAGAAACAAACCAUCGGCUCGCUCAUCAGCACGAUCUAUGUCGAUCUUCGUGAAGGGGACCUCAUGCACACCCUAAAGGGCUGCUUUGAGGUCCCCUUGGUUGGUUCCGUAGGAAAGGACGAUGAAGAGUGA